AUUUGGUUUUAUGGAGAGGCAAAGGAUUUAAUAAAAGAAUAUUGAGAAAAUUUUAUAAUUAAAUGUCUGCCCGAAUGAGAUGCUUAUGAAAAGUUUAUAUAUUGUAAAUAAUAACAACCAAAUAAUGAUUAGGUUUAAGAAACUCAAAAAGAAAGUUAUUAAAAGAAAUUACCAUAACUAAUUGGCAACGUCCAUGUUCAUAACAAUUUCAUUAAUAAUAACAGCAAUUUAUACAUAAGACUGAAGAGUUUCC